AUGGCGGCAUGUUCACUAUCUGCAUGGAAGAUUAUCCCCCAAUUUUGCAGUACCUCAAUUCCCCGGACUAUUGUAUUUUACACGAAAUCACUCUACUUUACGCUCGGAGGAACUGCAAAUACCGCCCCGACAUUUUGCUCAGUAUUUAUCGGGAAAAAGGCGGAUGCCAAUAUAUACUCCUUUCAAACAAAGUUGCCAUUUUCGGGGCCAAAUGAAGCAAAUGAUAGAGGUGCCGGUGAAGACAACUGGGAAAUAUUCCACCCGUCUUCGACAAUGAUUGCUCUGGGAACCACGGAGCUAGAUGAAUACUACAACAUUCUGGUUGAGGAAGGGAAAGUCAAGAUUACCGAGCCUAUUGAGGAUAAGCAAUGGGGUUAUCGACAGUUUACUUUGGAGGAACCUGACGGCAACGAGAUCACCUUUUUUUAA